UCAACGGGCAAUGAUAAAUAAGCAAUAAGCAGCCCCACGCAGCUGCAAUAAUCUUCUUUCUUUCUUUCUUUCUUCCAUCUGGAGAAGUUCGGAUUCAAGCGAAAAGAAGGGAGGAAAAAGAUUUCUGUAUUUCUCGUCUCUAUUAGGGUUUUAAUAACCAGGGGGAAAGCUGUUUAAAAAUGGCUAAUAACGUUGUUUUUGUGCUUGUCUGCUUGGUGGCGGUGGUGGCCUCCGUGGUGGCCGUGGUGUUCGCCGUGGGGUUGAAUGAUGCGAAGAAGGAGAAAAUAUCGACUUCUUCGAAGGCGGUGCAGACCGUUUGCCAACCCACGGCUUUCAAGGAAACCUGUGAGAAGAGCCUUGAAUCGUCGAGCUCGAGUGAUCCGAAGGAGUUGAUAAGGACCGGGUUUCAGGCGACGGUGACGGAGAUAAAGAGGGUGUUGGCGGAUUCGAAAACGCUUCAGGAGCUGGAGAAAGACAAAGGUAAGAAGAAUGCUUUAGAGGUUUGUAAAGAGGUGUUGGAUUUCGCCAUUGACGACUUAGAAGAUUCAUUCAACAAGCUCGGCGAGUACGAUAUGAGCAAGAUCGGCGAUAUUCUCUUGCACAUCCAGGUGUGGCUGAGCGGCGCCCUCACCAGCCAGCAAACCUGCAUAGACUCGUUCGCGGAGGAGAACGGCGAGGCCGCCGAGAAAAUGAAGUCGAUCUUGAAAACGGCACAGGAGCUUAACAUGAACGCCCUCGGCAUGAUGUACGGGUUAUCCUCCAUCGCAAAAGACCUCAACAUCCCCAGCAUCGAAAACAUCAGCACCACGCCGUUACAACGUAAACUCUUGUCGGAGAAGAACAGUGACUUUCCUGUCUGGUUAAGCCACAGCGACCGGAGACUCCUCCAGGCGAAUGCGGGAUCCAUUAAGCCUAACGUGGUGGUUGCUAAAGACGGAAGUGGAAAAUACGAUAGCAUCGUCAAGGCAUUGGCUGAAGUUCCGAAAAAGAAUACCCAACGAUUUAUUAUUCACGUUAAGGCUGGAGUUUACAAAGAGCAGGUUCACAUCAUCAAGGAAGCCGAACAUGUUAUGCUCAUCGGAGAUGGUCCGACCAAGACUGUCAUUACCAAUGACAUUUGCGUCAUAAGGAGUAAACUCAGAACAUUCUUCACUGCAACUGUUGCCGUUGAUGCGAAGCAUUUCAUAGCCAAAGACAUCGGAUUUGAGAACACCGCCGGAUACGAGGGUGAGCAAGCCGUCGCCUUGAGAAGUACCGGCGACCUAGGCGUCUUCUACAACUGUCACUUCAACGGGUACCAAGACACCCUCUACGCACAUAAGGAAAUGCAAUUCUUCCGCGAUUGUGUCAUCACCGGCACCAUUGACUUCAUCUUCGGCGACUCCAGAGCGGUGUUCCAGAACUGCCAGAUUAUUGUGAGGAAACCUGGUCCAAAACAGAACUGCAUUGUCCUUGCACAGGGGAAAAUGUUCCAUAACUCCACUGGCGGCUUCGUUCUACACAACUGCACCAUCUCUGGCGACAAAGACUAUAUCCCGGUGAAGGACACGAACAAAGCUUAUCUCAAUAGACCAUGGAAGAUUCUUGCCACAGCCAUCAUCAUCCAGACCCAAAUCGACGACAUCAUCGCACCGGAAGGGUACAUUCCAAUGCUCCCCGGCAAAGGGGAGACUACCUCCUACUUCGUCGAGUUCGGCAACCGGGGACCUGGCGCCAAAACGGACGGCAGAGUCAAAUGGUCUGGAAUCAAGAAAGUUGAUCUUAACACGGCCAAGACGUUUACCCCUGGCCCCUACCUCAAGUCCAAUACAUGGAUUCCGAAUACCGGGGUUCCAUGCACUCCCGACUGGAUAUCCGGCCUGUAAACCACCGAAAGAAUCUAAGGCCAUUCUUAUUAUUAUCUUUAUUGUUAUUUUAGUAAUCUUAUAAUUACAAUUAUUAUUAAACAGCUUCUUCCUGUGUAUAUAUAUAUGUUUGUAAUUAUUUAUAAUGAUAAUAAUAAAUUAAUUUAAAUUAACCUCAA